CUCAUCUUCCCGAGCUGCACGGAGGAGAAGCACAAGCGUACCCGCCAUCGAGGCUGAGCGAGGAGGGAAAGCCAAAAGAGCGAGGAGCCUCAGAGGAGCGAGGAGGUUGAAGAAUACCGAUUGACACCGCCAUGACUUCAACUUUGCUUUGCAGCAGCUUGUUACUUCUGCUGGCCUUUAGACUAGCUUUGACGUUCAGUCACAGUCCCAGGAGCCCAGACAGAGUUUCUGAAGCUGAUAUCCAGAGACUUCUACAUGGGGUUAUGGAGCAACUUGGCAUUGCGAGACCCAGAGUUGAAUAUCCUGCACACCAAGCAAUGAAUCUAGUAGGCCCACAGAACAUUGAAGGUGGUGCACAUGAAGGUCUGCAGCAUUUGGGGCCUUAUGGAAAUAUCCCAAAUAUUGUAGCUGAGUUGACAGGUGACAAUAUACCUAAAGAUUUCAGUGAAGACCAGGGAUACCCAGAUCCUCCAAAUCCUUGCCCAAUUGGAAAAACAGUUGAUGAUGGAUGCCUUGAAAACACACCAGAUACAGCACAGUUUAGCAAAGAAUACCAACUUCAUCAGCACCUUUUUGAUCCAGAACAUGACUACCCCAGCAUGGGCAAAUGGAAUAAGAAUUUACUCUUUGAGAAAAUGAAAGGUGGACCAAAAAGAAAGAAACGGAAUGUAAAUCCGUAUCUUCAAGGACAAAGGCUGGACAACGUUGUAGCAAAGAAAUCUGUUCCACAUUUUUCAGAUGAAGAGAAAGACAUUGCAGAAACUGAAUGAAGUUUCCUGGAAGUCCAAAUACUGUUUAAACAUAAUUAGUGGAAACCUAAAUUCUGCUUAUAUAUAACCAGUUGAGCAACUAGUUAUAGAUGUUGCAUGGCUAUUACCUAAAUAAUUGUGGCUGAAUCAAGAUACAUGACAACACAGUUCAGCUUUUUGUUAAAUUAUGGCAAUAGGAUCUUGUUUUGCUUUGGAUUUGGCAUACGCUUUAAAAAUUAAUAAUUCUAAUUGUAUGUGCUUAAAUGGAUUUAAGAAGCAAGCUUGUAAAGAAAAAGGGAAUUUUAACAUGUACCACUUCUUGUAGUUAUUCACAUGAUGUGAUGUUUGCCCUUUGAGAACAGUUGUUUCAUCAUUCUGCUUGUAAAUAAGAGCCUAUUUACAAUAAAUGUCUCAAUCUUUGCUGUUUGUUUUAACAAGCACUGAAAGCAGUCUUCAGUAUAUGCAUGAACAUAUAAAUUGCUUCAGAUGA